UUUCGCACCCAAGCAAGCUUUGAAGCAGUGGUUCUAUGGAAUUGUAGUCCAGGGUUUGAAGCACGUAUCGAAGCUUCAGUGUCGCACUGCCAUCACUAGUAUAUAUAUCUAUGGCGCGCGCCUAUGAAACAUACAUCUCGCGCCGCUUCGCGCGGACCGUGUGACAGUGCUCAGAGGCGGAAUGUUAGCAGUUGGAGGUCUGAAUGUAGAAAGGCACGGUCCCAAACAUCUCCAAUAGGCGUUCUGGCAUAGCUUGGAUGUUUUGGGUCAUCAUCUUGCUGUAGGAUGAACCUGACCAACUAGGCUCAUACCAGAGGGUACUGCAUGGCGCUACAGGGUGCCUCUCACUCUGUACAAGUCACCGACCCUGGAUCCAGCAAAACAGCCCAGACCAUCACGCUUCCUCCUCCAUAUUUGACAGUUGAUGUCACACACUGAGUAAACCAUCCCUUCUCCUACUCGGUGGCGUACAAAAAUCCUACGUGAUGAACCAAAGAUUUCAAGUCCGUAACACCUUCUUCCAGUCUUCAGUAGUCCAUUGGUGGUGUUUCAUGGCCUAGGAGGUCACUGAUGACAUCAACGCUUCCCAAUUCCUAACCACAUUACCAUGGCAACCGGAAGAAAAGGCUCCACCUCCAAGGCGGGUGGGGUGCGUUUUCCAGAUGAUGACGAGCCCCCUGGCUCUCCAACACGGAGAGACGACCAGUCAAACCUCUCCACUCUCAUAGCUAUCCUACAGAAGGAUGGCAGCUACUUGGUCAAGGCUGGCUUCCUGAAGAGCCACCACUGUUACGAGAUCGUCUUCACCGUCCCUGAUUGCCCCACACUGGGCAAAGAGCUCUCCAGUCUUCCUUCCUCCUCUCCCACUCGAAGGUCCUCCAGCCUCCGGGUCCAUCGUAUUAACUCCACCAUGGAGGGAGGAGUGAAAGUAACGUGCGAGUACAGGACUCACCAGGAGGGAGUGCUGCAAGAGGAGAUCACUCUGGUAACCAGAGGGAAAAGGGACAGCAGUCUGAAGGUCAGACUCCAGGCCAGGGUUAUUGACCCACAUCAUGGGACUCCCAUGCUGCUGGAGGGUGUGACGUGCCUGGCUGCUCAGAAAGAUGCCCACACAAAGCACAGCAGCGACCGUAAGAGGAUAUGAUCAAAAUAUAUAAUGUGCUUAUACAUAUAUAUUUACAACAGUGCAGUGCCCAGAGUGGUAGUAUGGAAACAGCUUUAUUUGACUGGGAAAUAAUGGGUCUGUGGUGUUUGCUAUUAUGGUAUUCCAAAUGAUUUGUUGGAAAAUAACAGGUCAAUCAUACAUUUUUUCACAAUUUUCACAACAAUCAAAACGGCAGACUCUAGCCUAGCAUCACCAGACUAGUUCGCAGAUGUGUAGUAGUCUGGAACCUCUUAAUUCAUUUUGGAUUUCCAAGGGGUAUUAUCAACAGAAGCAUGCAAAAAUACCUCUCUUACCUCUGUUUUCAAGCUGUACACAAAUGACGGCCCUGUCACACAUUUUCUCUAAUUACCUAAACAGUACACUAAAAUGUCUUACAGAAAAUAAGCAAUGUAUUAACAGAAUCUUGAUUCAUACACUGUAAAACUGUAAAAAGUUAAUUUAACUCAAAUGUUGAAACCGACUACAAGUACCUUAAGUAAUUUUAAGCGACAAACAAAUGGUACUGUGAAAGCAAAAUACAGAGUAAAAAGUUAUUAAGUAGGAAUGUUUCCAAAACUUACAAAACUAAGUCACUGCCACUUAAAAUGACUAGGAAAAUCUUUUUAAGACCUAAAAAACUGAGUUUGUGUUUCUUAAAAAUUCUGAUGUAAUGGGUUUCAGCAGUUUUUGGAGUUAAAUGAAUUUAAUUGGUUUAUAGUGUAAUUUAUCAGCACUGUUUUGAACCGAGUUUUGUGAGCCUUUGUGUUGCCCUGGACGGACUUGCAGGCUGGACUGGAUUGGAUAGACCUACAACCAACCAGAGCAGCGAAAUUUGUGACAUGUGACUUCGAAUCUGGACCGGGGACAAUCCUCUGCCUGAAUGGGAGGGGGGCCAAAUGCAUCUGCCAGAGCAAAUGAAACAUGAGCUCGCAGAUUCGUCUGCUUCCUAGGCUGAGGCUCCUCGGCAAGAAAGCUUAAAUACCAGCAGCCUGCAGCUCUGGGUGAGCGUUUGACAACUGCUGUCCUGUUUAGACAGCCAUUAAGCCUCUUUUGUUGGAGGUAGAGUAAACCAGCACUUAAAACUAGCCAGUUAACACAUUACACACACGAUGCCACUUCCGGGAAAAAUAGGCAAUGAUCAGCAACACACAUAUAGUAGUAGACUGUAAAGGUGCUGCAAAUAAAUAGAUUGUUAUCCAGAAAAACUCUAAUUUUGACUCAUACUGUUCUCUGUUCCCUAACUAUGUGCACCUACCAUAAAAUCAUCAAAACACAGUAAAGUACAUUGGAAUUCAAAAUAAGUCAAACCUUUUACAGAAGAGAAUUAGGGCCAUACUUGAAAAAGUAUUUGAGUUCUGCCCAGAUUAAAUGAACAAUGACAUAUUGUACCCCUAUUUAACAAUGCAAGCCAAAAUAUUUACAACAGAAUGUAAUAUUAAAAUCCAGUCAUUUUUCUUCAUGUAAAACAAAAUGUGAAGCGUGAUUAUUUAAGCAUGAACCAACCAAUUUCAAACAACAAUAUCAUGACACCCAUCUGUUAAUCAAUCUACUUUUUGCAACACAGAUAGACACACAUACACAUACACAUGUGCACCACAGCUGCCACCAGUUAUUUUACUGUUUGCCCCUUACACCGUACCAGUACAAUUCUCAUUGUACUAUUGAUAUAUCAUGUGAAGGAAACUGAUUCAACUUCAGUGAGGAGAGUUCAGCUGGGGUCACUUAAUCAAGGGCACCUUGGCAACAUUGGCACUGUUUGCAAUAAGAGUCUGUCUGCCAUCACACUUUACUGUGAGUUUUAAGUAGCCAUAAAUGACAAAGAAGAGAUUAUGAGGAUUUCCCAUAUAACCACACUGUUGUAUGUAUCUUUGAGUGUAGUUGCCAAUUAAAACUGUAUAAUGUGGGACCAUUGCAUUGCCAAGUAUUAACUAGCAUGAUACAAUUAAAAUGUUUAACAUGUCAUCUUAAAAAAGCAGAAUGUGUAACACCAUCUUUUAAGACCAUGCGAUAUGAAUUCUUGACUGUUUGUGGUGCAGAACAGAAUGUGAACUGAAAGAAAAAAUCUCUCUGAUUGCAGGAAACUGCAUUGUUAUCUCUUCUUCUUCUUCUUCUUCUUCUUCUUCUUCUUCUUCUUCUUCUUCUUCUUCAGAUCUUUUAUGACUAAGGAGUAGUCUGCAUUUUUGGUUUUGGACAAAAAUAUGUAUAUGUCAUUAGCAUCUUUCCUGUUGACAUCAGUGCAGCCUUCUUGAUGUGUAUUAUGACCGCUUACAUCAGCAAAUGAUACAAUAUGUCACAUAUGAGUUGUUUUAAAUAUUCUGUUAAUGCUAUAACAAAGAAAGAGAUGGGAGAGUUUUCCCCUCUAUUUGCAUGAUUUGUACUGUUACCACGUAAUUUAUCAGGGCCCGGCUACUUCUCAGCAGGAUAACAAAGUUGUGACCAGCCCUACUCUGACUCUAACAUCUGUCUUGUAUUUUGUACUAAAAAUUGACAAUCACGUGUAGUUUCCUGACAUGCUGUCAGCUGCUAGUUCAGUCAGUCUGCCCGUCAGUCUGCAGAGCUAACACUGAUGUGAGCUCAAGUAGCCUUUAUUGUCAUUCGGGGUCAUUAGCAUACCGAUGUUAUAAGACUGUCAAGGUUGACAGCUCAGUAGGGGUUAUGAAUAUUCCAUCACCUUUGAACACUGAUGAUUAUUUUUGAACAUGUACAUUAGCAGUUUGCUAUUACAUACUGUGUAUACUUACCAAAUUGAUUCAAAGACCCCUGUUGGUCCCCUACCACAGUUUGAAAAUCCGUGAUUUAGACCACUGACUAGCCGGGAGAUGUUUAGUGAAUUAUCAUUUUUAUUUUACAAAUUACACACAAUUAGGUAUUUUACUCAAGUUGUUUAACACUAGUGGCAGUUCAGUAAAGCUUAGUUGAGGCUAUUAGGAUUCAUAGGAACACUUUUACUCAACAUUCUGAAAAGUGUUGGAAUGGAGCUCUAACGCCAAACGUCAUCCACCAAAGACACAUUAAUUUGAUGGUACUUAAUUCAUUUCCUGUUUAAACACUGUUGAUUGUGGAUAUGCAACCUGCAAUGUGUUGAUAUGUGCUGCUCUGUUGUCUGACUCUGACCUGCCACCACACAGUAUGUGUCCCUUGCACUUCCAGCCAUGUCCAUCAGGACUGUGUCAUUUGUCUGUUUACCUGAAUGUAAAUAAAGUAUCAUCUCACGUGUACAAAGUCAUCAGUUGAAUUUAUAUUGCAUAUAGGUAAGAGUAAAUGUACAUUUACUGUUUUAAAUGAAGUGCUACCUUAAGAGGAACUUUUAAGAAUAUUUGGAUAUACCACAGUUUUUGUGAAUGUUUGUGGAAAGAUUUUAUGUUUAAUGCAGUAACAGAUCUGGAUUCAUAUUUGAUCAGCACUGCCAUGUUUGACUGUUUGAUCUGAGUUUGGUGCGUUUAGCUGGACGGACUCACUGAGAAUGACCUGUCAAUCACAAAGCAUACCCUGCUUUAUGGUCUAUUUUACGCUAAAUGGGACCAUCAUUUACUAAAUGAACAUCAUGCUGUAUGGAAGAAGACUGACACUAGAGAACUGAGACCUUAAACUCAUCAGGAAACUGUUUACUGAGCUCAUAAAUAAAGUCAGAAGUCAGCUCAUUUCUCCAUAAGA